AGCAGAAAAACCAAAUACGGUGUGUGUAUUUGACUGUGCAGCAGUCCUCAUCUGUCUGUGUGUGUGUGUGUGUGUGUGUGUGUGCAGAGAACGGUCUGAGCGUGCCCAGUGAUGCGUCUCUGUCUCCAGCCAGUCAGAACUCUCCCUACAGCAUCACACCCGUGUCUCAGGGCUCGCCCGGCAGCUCCGGCAUCGGGAGCCCCAUGGCUGCGUCCGCCAUCACCAAGAUCCACAGCCGCCGCUUCAGAGAGUACUGUAAUCAGGUGUUGAGUAAGGAGAUCGAUGAGAGCGUGACGCUGCUUCUGCAGGAGUUGGUCCGCUUUCAGGAGCGGGUUUAUCAGAAGGAGCCCAGCAAAGCCAAAGCCAAGCGGCGUCUGGUCAUGGGUCUGCGAGAGGUCACCAAACACAUGAAACUGAACAAGAUCAAGUGUGUCAUCAUCUCGCCCAACUGUGAGAAGAUCCAGGCCAAAGGAGGUCUGGACGAGGCCCUUUAUAACGUCAUUGCCAUGGCGAGGGAGCAGGAGAUCCCCUUUGUGUUCGCUCUGGGCAGAAAGGCUCUGGGACGCUGUGUGAAUAAACUCGUGCCGGUCAGCGUCGUGGGGAUAUUCAACUUCUCUGGAGCCGAGACUCUGUUCAAUCAGCUGGUGUCUCUGACGGAGGAGGCGCGGAGGGCGUAUAAGGAGAUGGUGAGCGCUCUGGAGCCAGGAGCAGGCCGAGGAGGCGCUGAAGAACGUCAAGAAGGUCCCGCACCACAUGGGUCACUCCAGAAACCCGUCCGCCGCCAGCGCCAUCUCCUUCUGCAGCGUCAUCUCCGAGCCCAUCUCAGAGGUCAACGAGAAGGAGUACGAGACCAACUGGAGGACGAUGGUGGAGAGCGCAGACGCUCCAGAGACCGAAGCGGUCAGCAGAGAGCAGCGUGUGGUCAGCUCUCCGCCCAGAGCCAGCCCUGACCCGAGCCCCGCAGCCGCCCGCGCUCCCGAGAGAGACGAGUCCCGCUCAGACGACCGGCUGGAGCGCGCCUCGCAGCGGAGCACAGACACCGGCUCGCUGGACGGCAGCUGCAGAGACCGCCUCAACUCCUCCAUCACCUCCACCACCUCCACACUGGUGCCCGGCAUGCUGGAGGAGGAGGACGAGGAGGACGAAGAGGAGGAGGACUACACGCCCGAGCCCAUCUCUGUACA